GUCACAUGGUCGCCGCUGCCCUCCCCGUCAGCCGCCCUCGCCGCCGCGGAGCACUGGCUGCAGGAAGCCGCCGCGUCGCUGCUUUUGUUGUCAGAGACCCCGGGAGGAGCACCGCUCGCCGGCCGCCGCCCGCUCCAUCGCAGCCAGUUCUCUGGCCGCGGGGCUUAAGCGCCCCGCCUGCCCUGCUCAUGAGGGGGACCCGCGACUGCUGCUGCUUCCAGCCUGGGGCAGCGCGGCGCUGAAGCUACAGCGGCGCUGCCCCCGCUGCAGGAAGCGGGCGGCCGCGGUCCCCGCCUGGAGGGCACCAUGGAGGUCAAUGCGGGAGGUGUGAUUGCCUAUAUCAGUUCUUCCAGCUCAGCCUCUAGCCCUGCCUCUUGUCACAGUGAGGGUUCUGAGAGUAGUUUCCAGUCCUCCUCUUCUGUUCCAUCUUCUCCAAAUAGCUCUAACUCUGAUAACAAUGGUAAUCCCAAGAAUGGUGAUCUCUCCAAUAUUGAAGGCAUCUUGAAGAAUGAUCGAGUAGAUUGUUCUAUGAAAACAAACAAAUCGAGUGUACCUGGGAUAACAAAGAGUCAUAGUGGAGUAACAAAAUUUAGUGGCAUGGUUCUACUCUGUAAAGUCUGUGGGGAUGUGGCAUCAGGAUUCCACUAUGGAGUUCAUGCUUGUGAAGGCUGUAAGGGUUUCUUUCGGAGAAGCAUUCAGCAAAACAUCCAGUAUAAGAAGUGCCUGAAGAAUGAAAACUGCUCUAUCAUGAGAAUGAAUAGGAACAGAUGUCAGCAGUGUCGCUUCAAAAAGUGUUUGUCUGUUGGAAUGUCAAGAGAUGCUGUUCGGUUUGGUCGUAUUCCUAAGCGUGAAAAACAGAGGAUGCUAAUUGAAAUGCAAAGUGCGAUGAAGACCAUGAUGAACAGCCAGUUCAGUGGUCACUUGCAGAAUGACACGUUAGUAGAACAUCAUGAACAGACAGUAUUGCCAGCCCAGGAACAGCUGCGACCCAAGCCUCAGCGGGAGCAAGACAAUAUCAAAAGCUCUUCUCCGUCUUCUGAUUUUGCAAAGGAAGAAGUGAUUGGCAUGGUGACCAGAGCCCACAAGGAUACCUUUAUGUAUAAUCAGGAGCAACGAGAAAACUCAGCUGAGACCACUCAGCCCCAGAGAGGAGAACGGGUUCCCAAGAACAUGGAGCAGCAUAACUUAAAUCAUGACCAUUGUGGCAGUGAGCUUAGCAGCCAUUUUUCCUGUAGUGAGAGCCAGCAGCAUCUCAAUGGACAAUACAAAGGGAGGAACAUAAUGCAUUACCCAAAUGGACAUGGCGUUUGUAUUGCAAAUGGACAUUGUAUGAACUUCUCCAAUGCUUAUCCUCAAAGAGUAUGUGAUAGAGUUCCAGUAGAUGGAUUUUGUCAGAAUGAGAACAAGACUAGUUACCUGUGCAACACUGGAGGGAGAAUGCACCUGGUUUGUCCAAUGAGUAAGUCUCCGUAUGUGGAUCCUCAUAAAUCGGGGCAUGAAAUCUGGGAAGAAUUUUCUCUGAGCUUCACCCCAGCAGUGAAAGAAGUGGUGGAAUUUGCAAAGCGUAUUCCUGGGUUCAGAGAUCUCUCUCAGCAUGACCAGGUCAACCUUUUAAAGGCUGGGACUUUUGAGGUUUUAAUGGUACGGUUUGCAUCAUUAUUUGAUGCAAAGGAACGUACUGUCACCUUUUUAAGUGGAAAGAAGUAUAGUGUGGAUGAUUUACACUCAAUGGGAGCAGGGGAUCUGCUAAACUCUAUGUUUGAGUUUAGUGAGAAGCUGAAUGCCCUCCAGCUUAGUGAUGAAGAGAUGAGUUUGUUUACAGCAGUUGUCCUGGUGUCUGCAGAUCGAUCUGGAAUAGAAAAUGUCAACUCUGUGGAGGCUUUGCAGGAAACCCUAAUCCGUGCACUAAGGACCUUAAUAAUGAAAAACCAUCCAAAUGAGGCCUCUAUUUUUACAAAACUUCUCUUAAAGUUGCCAGACCUUCGAUCUUUAAACAACAUGCACUCUGAGGAGCUGUUGGCCUUUAAAGUUCACCCCUAAGGCCUUUGUUAUUUGAACAUGAGCUGAUCCAUGCUGACUGUACAUUUUGUGCUAAAAUGCUUAUUUAUAUGUGUUAUACCAUACGUGGAGAUAGAAAAGACCUCUAAGACAUUACAAGAUUGGAGGCUAUCUCUGUAACCACUCAGUAGCUGUUCGGAUUGCGAACUCUUCAGCCAUGACUGGACGUUGACUGCAUCUUCCUGAUAGACCAAUCAGCUGUGUCACACUUAAACUGGAGAAGUUACACUGAAUUAUAAUCAUACUGAAUGUUAGACUUUUUCAUCUGCCAAAAACCAAAAAUCAUUUUGAUCUCCCUGUGGUAUGAAUAUAAUGCACAAUCACAAGUAUAUGAGGACUUAGACACUAAUCCUAUUGGUUUAGAAGUUCUAAUGAUUGAUUUCACCAUGAGCCCAUUUGACCUUGUAAUUGAAGACCUUGGGAGUUAGGAGAUCAUAUUUUACUCUGUCACUGUUAAAGUGUGUGAUCCUGGGUAGGUCUUGUUUAUGGAGAGUAAUUGAUUGUGUCCUCAAUGCCUCACCUCACAGAAAUAUGAACACAUGUCUGUAAAGCAUAUUUACCUCUUGGGAGAUAGGCACGAUAUAAAAAAGGUAAAAUUUUUGUUAAAAUUAUUCGUAAUAAUAGUGUUUUAUUCUGAGCAUUUUUGGGAAAUUAUUUCACAGCCCACACCAAUCUGUUAUUCAGGUUUCCUGCAUAUGUGUGGGAUAACCUGCUGACACAUAUUACAUGUUUAUGGGUACAUAAAAUACAUAAUGUGUACAUAAUAUGUAUGUGAAUAUAGUUAAUACAUAAAUAUAUCUCUUCACAAUAUUUUAAACUGUGAAGAACUUUAUCAUACAAUAAACUUAAAACAAGAGGUGUCAAAAGACCCAAAUUAGGUGCAUUUUACCUGUUGAUGUCAUAACCAUUGCUUUAAGAUGUUAGAUAAUAGAAUAUUGAAUUUAUGCUCUAUUUUUAUUAAUUUAAGCAACACUUAAUGUGAAAAUGCAACAAGCAGUUGAGUCCAAAUGUUAAAAUACAUGUAUUUUAGAGUUCAUCUUGGUAAAAUAAUUUAGAGUUCAUCUUGGUAAAGUAAAAUCAAGGUACUAGUUGUUUAAAAGUUCAUUCAGAUUCUUACCUUGUGCUGUAAAAAAGGUUGCAUUGCUGCCCUUUAUACACAUGCUGCAGCUUGGUGAAAAAGAAUUUUGAUUCUAUUUGGAGACCUAAUCAAUAUUUAAGGAAACUCUGUUUAAUUUGUUGGAGUGCAUGUGUGUGCACAUACGUGUGUAUAUGUUUUGAAUCUACUUUUUUUUACCCCCUAAAUAACACUACAGGGAUUUUGUCAAGUUAGAUUUAAUUUAUAACUUGAAAAAUCAUUUAAUGUGACCUACAGACUUAGAAAUGGAAUAGUCAAGUACAUUUCAUCCACAUUUCUGAUAUUGGGCUUUAUUAAGUAGAAAAGAUCAGCAGCCUUUGUUUAUGACAGUAGGACAGACAGCCAAAGUUGAGGAUUUUAUGUAUGUUUUUCUAUUUCCCUGGAAAACAGCAAUUAGAUUUUUUCCUUUUUUUUGGGGUAAAGAUUGCCUUCUGUAUAAUUUUUUUAUUAUAUAAAAUUACAAAAAUAAGAAGAACCUGGUUUACUGUACUAAGCCUGUUAACUUUCAUGAUAUGAGCAGAAUGCCUUAUUUUGUAAUCUUGUUUAACUUGUGCUACUGGGACUUGAAUUUCUGUGGCACUAGUUAAGUUUAAAAAAAGUUAAACCCUCUCAUUAUUAAAGAGGGAAGAUGACAGUGUUGUCUAUGAUAUAAUAUAAAUCAUAAUUGUGAUUUUCCUUAAGCAGGUAUGACUUUUAUGGGAUAUACAGCUUAGUUUUUGUGAAUUCUUUACAUGAUAGCAUUAUCUUUUUAUAAUUUUUUUUCCUAUGAUAAACAAAUGCAUAGUUUUCUUCUGUGGGAAAUAGAAACAGCUUUUUGAAGUAAUACUGAAAACCUCAAAGAUCAUGUUGAUUCUUAAUUUUUGCUUUUUGCAUAAGUUUCUUUGUAACAUGUAAUUUUAAAACAAUUACUAAGUCUUAGGAAUGUGUAAUCAGAACUAUGUUAGUAUUGCUUAUCAAACUUUGGUUAAAUUUAAUAUAUACGUGAAUACAUCUAUAUAUAGAAUUAUAGAUUUGCAUUUUGUCUUGUAAAAUCUUGAGUGAAUUCCCCUGUAAGUAAUGGGAAACAAAAUUAAUAGUUCAUAUGCCACUCCUAGCAUUUCUGUAUUUGAAAAUAGUCCAAUAUUGAGACAUCUGAUUCUAAGUUAAACCAGCAGCCUAUUACAAGCACAUUCUUUGAUUGAGUCAUUGGUUAUAAACUUAACUAAAUAUGGAGAAGACAACCAGGUAAGGAAACUUCUGAGUUGGUGGGACACUGUUGAGUAAUAAUGUACUGUAUUACUUUAUGAAUUAAGUGAUGCUUUAACUCUGAUUUUACAUUUUAAAGUUAAAAUGUGGGCAUUAUGUCAGCAAACUUAAGGGCAUUAUGUCAGCUAGCUAUUUUUUUUUCCUGUGCUUUUAAUGUAUCUCUGUACAUGAUCUGAGAGAGGAUUCAAGCGUUUAGUGAGAAACAGCAAAGGGAGAGGGGAAGCAUCUUCUUAAGAUGAAGCUUUUCCUUAUAGCGAUGGUUUAAUUACAGAGUAAAAACUUAGAAGGCAAUUUUGGUGGAGUAAGUGUAUAGCUUUCAUAUCUACAUUUCAAGAAAUUACCAUUGUAACUUGAUAAGAUAUGACUUUUUUUUAUGUAAACAUCAUUGCAAAGCAAGGUGUAGAAGCUCAGCUAGAUUUAUUACUGUGCACGAAAGUAAAAUAAUUAACUAUGUCAAUUAUUCUUUUUUCUUUUCCAAUAUAAAGUUUGCUGAAUGUACAAGAAGAGUUUAUCACUUAGGAUAUAGAAUUUUUUUAGGGGUUGGGGGGGUGGGGCUUUGUCAGGAAAUUGUUACUUAUAAACAAAGAUUGUCUUGAUUUGAUCCAAAACAUAAAACUUGAAGCUAUUCUUGAACUAACAUGAAACAAUAAAAUGGCAACUGUUUUAAAAAAUGGUAGAAAUAUAUUGUUGACAGGAUAUGAGUUGUUUAUUUUCUACGAACUGUAAUUGAUGAAUAAAUGGAUAAUAUCCCCAUGUUUCUGAAAAAGUAACCUGUACAUGUGGGAAGGGGAUAAUAAAUAUUUCUAACCA